AUGUCUGUUGAACCAGUUGUUGUAAUUGAUGGUAAGGGUCAUUUAGUAGGUCGUUUAGCUUCCGUUGUUGCUAAGCAAUUAUUAAACGGUCAAAAAAUCGUUGUUGUUAGAGCUGAAGAAUUAAACAUCUCUGGUGAAUUUUUCAGAAACAAAUUAAAGUACCAUGAUUUCUUGAGAAAGGCUACUGCUUUCAACAAGACCCGUGGUCCAUUCCAUUUCAGAGCCCCAUCUAGAAUCUUCUACAAAGCUCUUCGUGGUAUGGUUUCUCACAAGACUGCUCGUGGUAAGGCCGCCUUGGAACGUUUAAAGGUCUUUGAAGGUAUCCCACCUCCAUAUGAUAAGAAGAAGAGAGUUGUUGUCCCACAAGCAUUGAGAGUUUUGAGAUUGAAGCCAGGUAGAAAGUACACCACCUUGGGUAAGUUGUCUACUUCCGUUGGUUGGAAAUACGAAGAUGUUGUUGCUAAAUUGGAAGCAAAGAGAAAGGUUUCAUCUGCUGAAUACUAUGCCAAGAAGAGAGCUUUCACCAAGAAGGUCGCCUCUGCUAACGCUACCGCUGCUGAAUCUGAUGUUGCUAAACAAUUAGCUGCUUUGGGUUACUAA